GUGAACCGAAGAUGCAAUAACAAACAGCAGCAGCUGUCGCUUUAAGACUGUGGCCGAGAUAACCGACAUGUCGCCAAGAGUGUUUGUGUUGCUGGCUCUACUGUGCUGUGGCAGCACUCUCCAUCUACACAAAGCCGAAGGACGUCUCAUAUACGAAAAAUCCUUAAAUAACACUCCAAUGAACAAAAUAUUGGGCGGCAGCGGAGCUGAGUAUGGAGAAUAUCCUUUCAUUGUGUCGCUGGAAUGGAAUGGCAUGCACAUCUGUGGAGGAUCAGUCAUAAGUAGCAACUGGCUGGUCACUGCUGCCCACUGCCUCAGAUCAUGGGCAGGCUUGGUGAUCCGCGCUGGUAGCAUGACCAAAGAGGAAGGGGGCACAGUGCACCAAGUGCUCGACGUCAUCCAGCAUUCCGAAUUCAACAUAAACCCGAUGUUUGACAGCGACAUCGCCCUUGUAAAGGUGAAAGAACCAUUCACAACCAACAAUUAUGUUCAGUAUGUGCACUUGGGGAAGAAGAGAGACAUCCCGCAAGAAGGGGACGAUGUCGUCGCAGCAGGAUGGGGAAUCACAUCCAGUAAUGGUCGUGGAGAAUCUAGCACAAACCUACUGGACGUGGCUUUGAAAAUAAUAAACAACGAUAACUGUGACUCUGCGCCAGGCAUUGAACGCAUUCGACGUAAUGGAUACGCGAUUGUAAAGAUCAACCACAACAUGAUUUGUGCCAUAGCAGACCACAAAGACACGACCAAGGGUGAUUCUGGAGGACCAUUAAUCAAGUAUAAGGAUGAUGGUAAAGAUCCGCUUUUGGUGGGAAUUGUGUCAUGGGGUGAAGGAAGUGGUCAGCUGGACAGCCCUGGAGUAUACAGCAAUGUGGCCAACUUCAUUGAGUGGAUCUACUUACACACCGUCUCAUUGCCAGGAAGAAGCAUGUUUUGAAUUUUUAUUUUUAUUUUUAUCUGAAACAUGUAAUAACCUAUUGUCAAAUAAAGUUUGAGCACAUA